AAUUUUAGGGGUGGUCCCAGAAAAAAAAAAAACACAGGAACCAGAAUCAGGUUCACAUUACAGGGUGAGAGUCUGGAGUUCCGGUGAAAAGGAAAAAAGAUACGUGGCGAAAUUGGUGAAUAUCUCUGUCCUCCAAAGCACAUCUCCUGUUCACAACCGAGGGGAACUAAGGCAUCAGAAAGGCUCAACAAACCAUGCAGGAUGAUUUACUGAUGGACAAAAGCAAAGCCCAGCCGCAGCAGCAAGAGCCAGCAAAUUUAGAGUCCCCUUCCACCCCGACCUCCUCUUCAGAGCCCCCCAAAUCAGAGGACAUCCCCUCAAGCAUCGUUAACCAACCGGCUACAGCACAAAACAACAAAGAGAAAGCGCAUAUGGAGUCGCCGAUCUUGCCUGGCUUGACUUUCCACCAACCCCAGGAACCCGGUGGCACAUCCUUAUCCCCUUCAUUUGGAAGCACUUGGUCAACAGGAACCACAAACACCGUGGACGAUAGCUUUUUUCAAGGAAUUCCCCCAGUUAAUGGGACAAUGCUUUUUCAAAACUUUCCUCACCAUGUUAACCCCGUUUUUUCGGGCACUUUUUCACCCCAGAUCGGCUUGGCUCAGCAACAAGCUCAGCAGCAACAACAACGGAGGUCGCCUGUGAGCCCUAGUCAGGCCCCCUUCCCCCAGAGAAACGCAUAUAACCAUCCGACCCUAAUGAACACUAAAGUCCCUUCUUCCUCCACUUCAUCAUCCGCUUGGAAUAAUCACCAGAAUGCCGCCUGGAAUUCCACUUCCAAUCCUUGGAGUGGACUGCAGGCCAAUAGGGACCCCAGGAGGGCAGUCGGAGUUGGCGUGGGGGUUGGUGUACCCUCUCCGCUGAAUCCCAUCUCCCCUUUGAAAAAACCCUAUUCGAGCAACGUUAUCGCUCCUCCUAAAUUUCCCAGAGCUGGUCCCCUCGCCCCAAAAUCCUGGAUGGAGGACACAGCAUUCAGGACAGACAACAGUAAUAAUAUGCUGCCUUUUCAGGAUCGGAAUCGUCCCUAUGAUGCAUUUAACUUGCACUCUUUGGAGAAUUCCUUAAUGGAUAUUAUAAGGACUGAUCAUGACAAAGGUAAACACUACCCUCCCAGUGGCCCACCAAUGACUAUCGCUGAUAUAAUGUGGAGGAAUCAUUUUGCAGGACGCAUGGGUCUUAAUUUCCAUCAUCCAGGAUCCGACAAUAUAAUGGCUCUAAAUACAAGGAGCUAUGGACGAAGAAGAGGUCGAUCUUCUCUCUUUCCAUUUGAAGAUGGACUCCUUGAUGACAGUCAUGGUGAUCAGUCCCUGACAUCUGGCCUCAACUCUCCAACCCGCUGUCAGAAUGGCGAGAGGGUUGAACGAUAUUCAAGAAAAGUCUUUGUGGGGGGCCUGCCCCCAGAUAUUGAUGAAGAUGAAAUUACUACUAGUUUUCGGCGCUAUGGGCAUCUUGUGGUUGACUGGCCCCACAAAGCAGAAAGCAAGUCAUAUUUCCCACCAAAAGGCUAUGCAUUUCUGUUAUUUCAAGAAGAAAGCUCUGUGCAGGCUCUGAUUGAUGCCUGCAUUGAGGAGGAUGGAAAGCUGUACCUGUGUGUCUCCAGUCCUACUAUCAAAGACAAACCAGUGCAAAUCCGACCUUGGAAUUUAAGUGACAGCGACUUUGUGAUGGAUGGCUCCCAGCCACUUGAUCCCAGGAAGACCAUAUUUGUAGGAGGAGUUCCACGACCACUUAGAGCUGUUGAACUAGCUAUGAUCAUGGACCGGUUAUAUGGAGGGGUCUGCUAUGCUGGCAUUGAUACUGAUCCAGAGCUUAAGUACCCGAAGGGUGCUGGCCGGGUGGCUUUCUCCAAUCAACAGAGUUACAUUGCUGCUAUCAGUGCACGUUUUGUCCAGCUGCAACACAAUGACAUUGACAAACGGGUUGAAGUAAAGCCAUAUGUCUUGGAUGAUCAGAUGUGUGAUGAAUGCCAGGGAGCUCGCUGUGGUGGAAAGUUUGCCCCAUUCUUUUGUGCCAAUGUGACCUGUCUGCAGUAUUAUUGUGAAUAUUGCUGGGCAAGCAUCCACUCACGUGCAGGCAGGGAGUUCCAUAAGCCCCUGGUCAAGGAAGGAGGAGACCGGCCUCGUCACGUUUCUUUCCGCUGGAGCUGAAACACUGGCAAGCUUUGAUUACUGGCCCUGUGACAGCAACCUGUGCUGACCAAACCAAGGAAAGCAAAAGGAGGAAUGCAAAAUCUACUGCCUCAGGGCAGGGAGCAUCCUGAAAAUUGGUGCAUUCUUCCUCAGAUUCAACAAAUAAAAAUAUGGGUCUUUCAUUUUUUUUAAUUCAUUUAUCUCGACCUUGGUGUCUGAUAUAUUGAAAUCUUUAAAGUUUAACUGUACAGAAUUUGCACUUUGACGCACCUAAACACGCAACAUCUGCUUGGUACUGAAAUAGUCCUAUUUUAAGUCACUUUUCCAUAGUUUUCAGUGCUUUUCUGUCCUUAAUAGCCAAUGCCAGGCUAAUUUUUGAAGUGGUUAAAAUAUACAGUAUAUCUAUUUUUUUAUUUUAUAUAUUGUUUUUCUAUCAUUUUAUGUGACUGGAGCAUGCACUUGUUUUCACAAAGGUUGUGAUUUUCCCCCUAGGGUUAUACACCAAAGGUAUGGAAAUAGGAAAACAAAAAAAGUAGUUGGCAAAAUAUGUAGCAAAACAAAUUGUCAGCAAUCAGUAGUUUGGAAGAAUUGAAAAAUACACACAUUACAAAUAAGCCUUUAUUUGCUCUCCAUUUUGACUUAAAUAAUACCUCAUAAGCUCAAUUUGAUUUAUUUUUUUAUAUUUUUUAUUAUUGCAUUUUUUUAGGUUCUUUAGUGUUAUGUAAAUCUGUGCUGCAAUAGCUUUUUUGCUGCUAAGUGGUAUUACUAAUACCAUAUUACUUUAUUCAGGCUAGAAUUAAAAAAAAAAUAAAGAAUAUGUAUUUAAUAAAGUUUAAAAGCUGCUGAUGAAAUGAAGCAGUACAGCAUGAGGCAAAUCUAAAGGAAGGUCAGUAGAUAUUUUGACUGCAUGUACGAUCAGUUGGCUGCACGCAGUACAACUUAUUAAUCAUGUCUUUUAUAUAAGUUUGCCCAUUGUGCGUGAAGGAUUUAAGAAUAUAGGUGGUCGAAAAAUAAUUUAUUUACAAUGGAUAAACAUAUUAAAAAAAGUAAGCAAACAAUUGGAAAAUAACUGACAAAAGGCAUGUCGUAAUUUAAUGAAUGUGGAUUUAGAAUCCAUUUCAAUGCAUUAACAAGCCACACUGAACUAUAAUUAUGAGAAUAGCUGUAGUAAUAUAUAUCCUUCAAAAAUAUUUUUAUGGUAGGUGAAGCAAUUUUGCAGUGAUCUUUAAUAUACAAAUGUGCAAUUUUUUUAAAUAGUAGGGUGAUUAUGCCUAGUACUGUGAUUUGCUAUAACCGUUGUUAAUGUCUGGCAUACAAUAUAUCUAAUGCUCUAAAACACUGCUAAAAUGUAUAUGUGUGUGUGUAUAAAAUGUAUUUAAACACACACACAUACAUACACAAAAACACACAUACAUGAGCUCGAGUUUUGUAUUGAUUGGUUAUUUGCACAGCUCAAUAUGUCAUGCUCAGAAACCAAAGAGCUCACAAAAUGACUUUUCUUCACACACUGAAAAUGCACACAGAGACACACUAUAUACAUUAUAUGAAUCAUUACAACAUUUGUCAGACAAGGUAGGCACAUUUUUACUAGUAACUAGAUGGUUGUAAUACAUGGGUGUAGAUAAAGAGAGAGUUAACUGUAUAUACAAAAUCAUUGCUCAAGAAAGGUCUGAACAAAAGUCAAAAUGGAGAUAUGUAUACUUUCUGGGUUUAGAAAAAAAUCCUACUCCCUUAAAACCCCAGAUGCAUCCUGCAAAGCUUGAACUAUUUACACUUGACCUGCUCUGGUAGGAAUAUGAUUAGCACAAAAUAUUUAAUCGCACGUGGGAUGGGUGUGAGGCUGCUGAUUGCAUUGCAAGGAAGCCAGUGUACUAUUCAUUACAGCAUUUGCUCAUGAGCAGAAGGAGCGUAGAAAAUGGAUGGGGGCAAUAUUGUACACUAAGUUCUGUGUUUUUAUUUUAAUUUUAUUUUUUUAAGCAGCUGUGGGACAAUCUGAAUGGAUAUGAACCCGCAAGAUUAAGUUUAGUUUUUAAGUCUGUGUUUUGUGGUAUUUUUCUUUUGUCUGAUUUGUCCUUUUUUUGUCUAGCUGCAAAUAUCUUCUUGAGAAUGAAGGGGAUUUGUUUUUGAAAAAGUAGACAAAUACUGCAUUUUAUAUUGGGAAGAUAAUCUAUCAGUUUAAUUAUUAUUAUUAUUAUUAUUACUAAUAUCCCUUUGGAAGUUAACUCUGGGCUUUACUUUGAGAUGGAUGUUUUUGCCCAGUUGGGAUUUUUUUUUUUUUUAUGUUGUCACAUUAUCUGUAAAUGACAUUUGUUAUGCACUACUUUUUUGUAUCUGGACAGUUUCAACAGUCAGCUGAAAAUAUUGGUUUGCUUUUAUUUUUAUUUCUUUUUUAUUAUUACUUUUUUAGAUAAUGUGUGCUUUCUGACUGACAUGAUCUUUUGCAAUACCUCAAUUUUGAAAUAAGAGAAUUUGAUAUUUUCUAAGUAAGUUUAUUCAGAAAAAGAUAUAUAUUAAUUUAAUUCUGCAAGAAAAUGAUUUAACAGAUAAGUAAUUUUAUUUUUUUCAUGCUUGUUUGCUUUUUUGUUAGAUUUUUUGACAAAAAAACUGAAGGAAAUAGAGCUUUAUAAUUUUUAAUAUAAUGAGAAAUAGUACAGAGUCUACCUAAAUGCCGUGGUUAAAACGAAUGUGUCUGUAAAGAAUUUUCCCCUCAUCUGCAUUGCCAUGGAGUUGUAAAAUAUAUAGCUAUAUACAGAGAGAAUAUGGAGGAAACUAAUACUGAUUUUUUUGAAGUCAAAUAAAACUCAAGGUGUAUAAAUCUCAACAAGGUGCUGAGAGACAAUUUACUGAAGAUAUUUCCCUUAUUUUGUAAAUAUAAUUAAUCAUUUAUUAUUAUGCUGACCAGAAUUGUGAAAGAAAUCUUCUGUUCAUGUUAUUUUUUAAUAAACUUUUUUAUGUUUCUAAAUAUAUAUAUAUAUAUUCAUACAUAUAUAUAUACUCCCUUUUCUUUUGUAAAGAAGUGUCCCAAUUUUUGUUUACUUUAUAUUCAGAAAAAUGAGGGUAUUAGAGUGAUAAAGAAUGAUAUUUUUUAAAAAUAAAAAGUGUUCAAAAUGUUAAUUGAGUUUAGAGCCCAUUGGUGCAUCAGGUCCUUGUGUGACCUUCUUUUCAUGUGACACUUGAAUUAGUCUGAUUUUUUUGAAGGCAAACUGAACAUCAAUUAUGUGUUGUAAUGUGCAAUACUGUUUGUACUGUUUGUAUAAAAGAGAAAAAAGGCAUAAAUCUAUUGCAGAUUUAUUUUCAUUGCAAACAUUGUGAUUCACAAAGAUCAUUUUCUACUGUAUAUGUACCUACUCUUCAUGCUGGUAUUUUUUCAAUAGUAAUGUAGCCUUUGUACUGAAAAAACAAUUUUCAUUGUUAUUUUUAGAGAGAUUUUUUGCUAAAAAAAUUAAAACAUAUUAACAUUUUUCAUUUUUAUUUUGUAUUUUCCUUAAAACCUUCAUUUAUCAGCCAUUAAUGUAGUCGUUUCUGGGAGAGACUUUCAUAUCUGGUCAAUGUCAUUAAUAUUAUUUUGUAUUUUUACUUGGAAUAAAUUAAUUUUAUGAUGCUAAUUCUUUAAAAGUAUAAUUUGUUUAUUUUUGAAGCAGAAUAUCUUUGUAAUAAUGUUACAAAAAGUGUCUAGCUUUUUGAAAUGCAAGAGCUUUAUGUAUUAACUUGCUGGUGUGGUUUACAAUAUCAUGUAAAAUGACAAAGAAAAUGGUAAUUUCGUCAUGUACAUGUAGCAUGAUUGGAGAUGUAAAUGAAUGAGCGGGCAAUAAAAAAGAGAAACUGAAUGGAGCAAACAAAAUUGUUACUACAUUGUGAUGGGGAAAAUGUGUUUCAAAAAUAUGUUCUUUGGUUAAUUAUAGGGAUGUCACAAUUGAACUGUAUGAUGUAACCACUCAUUUUAGAACCUAUUAAUGAGUUGGCUUUUGCACUUUAACUCAGUACUCCCUUUUCUAUAAGAAUUACAAUUUUUGCAGUACAGAUUGAUUUUAUUUAGGAUGUUUUUUCCACUAUUUUAUUGGCUUACGUGACUGCAGGGUUUCAUUCCAACAAAGGUUUUAAUUACAGUGUAUCUGUACUAGAUUGCCAUAACAAUGUCAUCUGCAUGGAAUUUGAUAGGAGGAAGUUCAUACAAAUAAAACAUCAAUAAGUCACAAACAAUAGUAAUCAUGAUUAUGCAUCAGGCUCCCAAACUUUAAAUUUAACACAAUCUGACGAAUGUCUAAGUAUGUUUAUUAUACAAAACUCUUAAGGUCAAGAUUGCAAUUUCACAUACAGUACAUAUGUUAACUAACUGUAACAUGCACAUUCUAACAUUCAGUUUUGGGAUUCAAAGCAGCUUAUUGUGUUCAUUAUGUUUUGUAAAUUACCAAAUAUUUUAAUAAAAGUUGCAAACACGAGAGUGUGAUCAAUUAAGUGAUAUUUAACCAAAUUAUAUGGUACUAAUUAGUAGAUAUAUUUUAACUCCUUGUCACCUAAACAAGGUUGCAGGAUCUUGCUUCAAGUGUAGUGUGCAAUUCCUUUUCAAUUAACAUACUAAAUUUACAGCUGAAAAUUUAAUCAAAGGCUCAUCCAUAGUAAGUUUUUUUUUUAAAUAAAAUCCUUGGUCUAGAAUGCCCUAGACUGUUCAUUGCUACUCCAACUACUUGAAUUUCGGAAUUUGACAUCAACACUGCCCUUAAAUUAAAAAGGGACAGUGCUGCUUUAUGUUCAUUAACUCGUUAGUUAAGUUAUGCCUUUUGCUGAACAUAGGAAGUGAACAAUAGCACUGUAUCAUGUUGGAAUUGCUUAGUUGUUUGCACCUUUACUUUGUAAUUAUCCUUUAGCUAAAUAAUUAGAAAUAGUCAAUAUAUAAAAUAUAUAAUCCAGAGAGGUUUACAGAUAAUGAAUUCUCUAAACUCCAAGACAGCUGUGCAUGUUUUUGGUUAAUUUAUGAACAAAGCUUUGGUAGAAAUUUAAAACUAAUUAAAUUAUCUAAAAUGAAAAUUGGCAAAGUUAGGUUCUAGCCCAGAACAGAUCAAAUUAACGUUUCACCUUAAUUGGAACAAAAAGCUGUUAUUGAUGAUGAUCAUGAUACCAAAGUACUCUGGCAUAACAACUGUCUACUCUGUCAUGGUGUUUGAAAAUGAUUUAAAGAGGCUGUGUGGCAAAAUGGCUAAAUCAAGGGACUAUUAACUGCAAGGCUGCAGGUUCAGUCCCUGUCACUGGAGGGCCCAUGAGCAAGUCAAAAUGGCUGUGCUCCACAUUUAAACAGUUGUACAAAUGUUCUCUAUUUGUAAUAUUCCUUGGAAUGGUGUUCAAUGUACAAAGGUGCUACAUAAAACAUUUUGAGUGAAGGAGAGUAAUAUUUCAUAUAUGGACUGUUAUGCCCUUUUGUGAACUAUUAGCGAACAUAAGCAUUUUGCUUUAAACAAUAGCACAAUUCUGCACUAGAUACUUUCCACUCAGUUAAAACAGACUUCACCAUAGAAAUUAAAAUCACACAUUUUUAGUGUUGUAUUUUAUUGGUCUAUAUAAUGGUUCUAAUUUCUUUAUAAGUUGCAUCUCACAUCCCUGCAGAGACAUUAUGCUAAUUAGGGAAUCUAGAUUGACUAGAUAGGGGUGUGAGUGAGAGUGUCUCCUAUAAUUAACAGGUUUCAUGUGGAUAAUUAGUUUCUGCCUCGUUCAUUGCAAUUUGUGAUGUAGUAAUUUAAAGAGUGAUAUGGCUGGAUUCAUUUUUUAUAGAAGCAUGUAAAUUUGAACACACAUUCCUACCACCCAUUUUAAAUCUGGACAUUGGGCAUUGAUUUUAACACAAACCUCUCUUAUUAAUAGAGGUCACAAAGUCAGUGUGUCCUAUUGCCGAGUAAAAUUCUCAAUUGUAUCUCCUUUGCCACAUUAACUAAUAAAGGCACAUUCUAAUUUGGUGUCAAAUAAGGCUAGGUUGGCUUCCAUCAAUACCUACAGAAUAAUCUCCAUCUGUCUAUUUGUUCCAGUAAUACUAAAAUUAUAUUUCAAUCACAUUAUCACCUCAACAUUGUGACAUCCCUAACUAGAUGGUAUGUCAAAUAGUAUUUCAGAUAGGUGAUGAUGACAACAAGUGUGUUUCUUUAUGCUUCUGCUGUCUUGUUUGUAGAUGUUACCUUUUGUACUAGUUUUUAGAGUCAGGAUAACCACUGUUUUGUUUUAUUUUUUGUAUUACUAACCAAACUGUUCCUCUCCAGCUUUGUGCAACAGUGUUAUCUGCAUCAUGCCACUGAGUGUUUUGGCUCAUUUUGUGACUCAACUGCUCUAUACCCUAACAAACUGGCAACUGCUGUGCUCAAGAAGUUGGGGAUAAAGUAUUACAGUGGUGGGUGGGCCAGACAUGUGGGUUUCACUGGAUACUGUCAGUUUGUGGCCAUUUAUUUAAUGGUAAAUGAAAAAGUGAAUGCACACUUUGAUAUCCACUUUUCAAUUAUAUUGUUCUGUUAGGGUAUACAGUGUUGUGGUGUGAUCUUUCAGCCAUAUAAUUGACAGCAGCUAUUCACAAAGGUUCUCAGACUAACCACUACUUUUGAGUGUAACUUUUCAAUUACUUGUUGUUUAUUAUUUUUAAUUAUUUAGUUUUUAUGAUUGGUUACCUUGAAAAGGCUUUGAUUUUUUUGGCUUGGAACUUUGCUUGUAUGGAGCUAUGGUUCUAUGUCUAAACAUGGAGCUCAAUACUGCUGUUGCUUACAACUGCUUAAAGUUUGUAGUUUGGACCUUUUUCUGUACUAAUAAGCAACUCUUAUUAAACGUAGCUGUAUGACAUUGUGAAA